CCUUUUGCUCGUUGUGCCAUGCGCUGCGCUCCACCGUGCAACCCCUCCGGUUGUGCUCCGCUACCUCGCGAGGGCUGCUCCUGGGGCGCGGUGACGGACCUGUGUGGCUGCUGCUCAGUGUGCGCGGCGGGAGAAGGGGAGCCGUGCGGGGGGCGCGGCGGCGGACCGGGAGGACGCUGCGCUCCCGGCAUGGAGUGCGUGAAGAAGGCGAAGAGGCAGGCGGGCCAGUGCGUGUGUAAAAACGACGGCGAGGUGUGCGGUAGCGACGGCAAGAGCUACGGGAGCAGCUGCCAGCUGAGAGCCGCCGGGGCCGCCGUCCGCCAGGUGCGCAAGGGAGCCUGCGACCAAGCGCCCAGGAUCACCAUCCCCCCCAAGGACAUCUGGAACAUCAGCGGGGCGCAGGUGUACCUGAGCUGUGAAGUCAUUGGAGUGCCAACGCCCCUGCUGACCUGGAAAAAGGUUGUGAGCAGCGGGCACCGAAGGGAGAAGGUGGAGCUUUUACCAGGAGAUCGGGAUAACCUGGCAGUGCAGACGCGUGGUGGGCCAGAGAAACACGAAGUGACAGGUUGGGUGCUGAUUUCACCACUCGGGAAGGAGGAGGGAGGCGAAUACGAGUGCCAUGCUGCCAAUGCCAAGGGUGAAGCUGUAGCCAUGGCGACCAUUCACGUUGUGGAGUCACUCAAGGACAUCCCGACCCCGAGCCUGGGUGAGACGGAGACGAGUUAAAAAUGCCCGCUGCCAGACGGUCUGCUCACCCGCUUGCUUCAGGCCCACUGGGACACCUCCAGGACAGCAGGGGCUCUCUGGGGCACACCUGGCACUGGCGGUCAUGAUGGGGUUCCUCUGGUGAAGCCCACCACCUUCCUUCAGUUGUCUGUCACUAAAAAUAAAAGCUUUGCAGAGCA